AUGCUGCGAAACAAGUCCAAAGAGCGGUCCUCACCUAGGAAGGUGACGCCGCCGUCGCCGUCAUAUAUGAGCAGUGAACAAUUCGCGACCUACCUGGCGGGCCUCCGUGAUAAUCGAGUCAACCGUCCCGGGGGGGCCCGGCCCCCGCCACCCUCCAUGAAAUUGCGCCGCGAGUCCAUAGGCCGUCUCUCGCUCGGAGCCACCACCUCGGUUCUAUCCGAGGCAUCGACCAACCACCAGAAGGCCCAGUCAGACGAAAUCCCGAAACCAAAACCGCGGGGCAGUCGCCCGAGCAUGGCCGGCAGCGUGCUCUCUCGCUACUCCACCACAGCAUCCGCCGGCAAGGACUACCACCCAGAAAACUCGUCUUACAUCGCCCCUCUGAAACCGGGCGAGGUCGUUCCCAGCGCCACUUACAUUGAGCGUGGCCAACGAUGGAUGGAGAGAAAAGAAGCCAUCUCGCUCCGCGAGGCCAUCGACGUUAUGGACGCCAUGGACUCUUUGGAUCUUGGGGCAGAAAAAAAGCAUAAGGAGAGGGAUAAGGACAAGGCAAAGGAUAAGAAGAGUAAAGACGAGGGAGUUGAGCAGCAUGAGGAAGAGGAUGACGAAUCCCGACUCUAUGAUGCGGCCCUUAACGAGGCAGCCGAGUUGGUCUGGCAGCAUCAGCAUGGUGUGAAGGUGCCCGAGGCUGGCACCCCCUAUCGCUAUAAGUCGCAUAUGCGCCAGAACAGCUACGCCCGUGCUCGCGCGGCUAGCGCCGGUCGACGCAACGAGGAUGUCGGUAAUUCUGGCCUCUCUAAAGAGUCCGUCCCCUCUCUUUCGGGCAGUGUAUCCAACAGUGAGCGAGGUUCCUCGCAAGGAAGCCCCCGUACGAGCCUCGAGCAGCAGCAUACGCACUCCGUUGGAUCAAACAAAACGAAAUCGUACGGUGCGCUCAGCGGCACGACACGCGCAGACCCUAGCACCGGUCGCCGGAGCAGCAUGAAGCGCAAUAUUAGCGGCGAAAUCGAGAAGCCGUUCUCGGGCGACCAGAUCUGGGAGGAGCCGGAGGGCAGCACGGUCAAGCGGACCGCGAGACCAUCUCGCGCCGCGGUGAGCAGGCGACCCAUCGGGCUCAAGGCUAGAGGCGUCCCCAACAGGGUGCAGUUCGCCUCCGCCUCAUCUGAUUCCGACGACGACACCGAAGCGCAGACGGCGGCAAAGCCUGUAUCCCGAUACGAGAUCCACAAGAACCCGCCGUCGCAGUCGCGCAACCCCGCGUACACGACGAACAACCCGGCGGGUGCGCCGCGCACGUCUCAGGAGGUGCCGACUAAGAAUGGCAUGGAAAUUCGUAGCGAUGACAUUCGGCAGGCGACCAGCAUGCGGCUCAAGGACCGCAGCGUAAAGUUGCCCACUCCGUCCGCGGUCAGUGACAACCCGGGACGCCCCAUCGUAAGCUUUGACCGAAACUGGCAGCCCCCGGAAGAGGCAACUGAUUCCAAGCCAGAAGAGUCCAGCGGCGGCGGCAGCAACAGCCGAGUCCCUGUCGUCGGGGUCGUCAAGGAGCGUGCGGGCUCGCAACAAAUUCCGCCUCGUCAACAGCCUCCCCCUGCUAUCGCAGUUACGCCGGAUGCUCCGGUCCCGGUGGCGUCGUCCGGGCGCGCCCUCCCCUCCACGCCGAGCAUCCCAAGUAUUCAGGUAAACGAUAAGGGUAGCGGUAGCGGCCCGCAGGUGCCAACUAUUUCCAUCUCGAGCGACCGCCCGGUCAUACCCAGCAUUGUUCUCCCUGGCGACGAUAACGAUAACAGCACCAAACCACCCACCAGCAGCAUCCCCGCCAUAAUCACGCCCGACGACAAUAAUGACGGCAGAAGGCCCUCAGCAAGGCCCCUGCCGGACCCCAAGGCAGUGCAGCGAAGUUACGACCCGCUACGAGACCCCCCGCGGAGCCACUGGUCGCCGGCCCCCAGCGGAGUCGGACCCGCCGGUCGGCGCGCAACCGCAACCUGCCACGAAUGCGGGCUAGCGAUCGAGGGCCGGUUCGUAGGGCUCGCCGGAACUUCGGAGCGGUUUCACCCGCAGUGUUUCCGAUGUUACGCGUGUGGGACGGCGCUAGAGGCGAUGGAAAUCAGCCCGGAGCCGGACACCUCGCGAGCAGAGCGGCUGGAGCGGAUCCGGCGGCGGGCGGCGGGCGAGGUCCUCGAGGAGGUGCCGGGAAAGACGAUGGCCGAGGACGGGGACACGCGACUGCGCUUCUUCUGCCACCUCGACUGGCACGAGCAGUUCGCGCCACGGUGCCGACACUGCAAGACCCCUAUCCUCGGGGAGCAUGUGGUGGCGCUGGGAGCACACUGGCACUACGGUCACUUCUUCUGCGCCGAGUGCGGAGACCCGUUCGAGCGGGGCGAUACGCACAUCGAAAAGGACGGGUACGCCUGGUGCGUCGGCUGCCAAACAAAACGGACCGAACGACGGGCGCCAAAGUGUCGCGGUUGCCGGCUCGCAGUUGUCGGCCAGUACGUGCGCGCGCUCGGAGGAGAGUGGCACGACACCUGUUUCCGCUGUUCGUCUUGCGGAGGUGGCUUCGAGGACGGGCAGAUCUUCCCGAUGCGCGAGCGCGGCGAAGGAGUAGUCUUGUGCACGCGCUGCCGGGCAGCGGAGCUCAAGAUGUGA